CAUUAUGAUCAUUGGAGUGAAUUGAUGGAGAAUUUUUUAUGUGCCAAGGGUCUCUGGAAUCUGAUUAAAAAUGGUGUUGAAGAGCCUGUGGAGGGUACUAUUCUGUCUAGUGAAGAAUCAGAGCAGUUGGAGAAAUCCAGAAUUGAAGAUCACAAAGUCAAUGAAGAAUCAGAGCAGUUGGAGAAAUCCAGAAUUGAAGAUCACAAAGUCAAACAUUUCCUCUUCAGGGCCAUUGAUAGAUCAAUUUUCGAACAAAUUCUGGAUAGGAGCACAUCUCAGAUGGUUUGGGAUUCUUUGAAAAGAAAAUAUGGAGGAAAUGAUCGUGUGAAGAAAUCAAUGCUCAAUGCAUUGAGAAGGGAGUUUGAGUUGCUUGAAAUGACAGAAAUAGAAACCAUCACAGAAUAUUUUGCUAGAGUCAUGGCAGUGGCAAACAAAAUGAGAAGCAAUGGAGAACUUAUGCCUGAUUCAAAGGUGGUUGAAAAAAUACUUCGAACGUUGACACCAUGUUUCACCUAUAUCGUGGUUUCGAUCGAAGAGUCAAAGGACACAGAGACAAUGUCUAUUGAUGAACUUCAAAGCUCCUUGGUAGUCCAUGAGCAAAAAUUUAAAAAGGUCUACCAAGAUAAUGAACAAGUACUCACAUCAGAAAGCAGUAGAGGAAGAGGAAGAGGAACAUAUCGUGGUCGUGGACGGGGAAGAGGAAGACAAUUUUCUUUAAAAGCCACUGUGCCACCACUUGGGACAUUUUCAGUAUGA